CUUUCUCGAGCAGCAUUGUGAGAGAGUCGGAAUCCAGCUACUCUUUUGAACGAAACAGUUUCAUUUGCCUUCCUUCCGCAGGGAAAUGAUGAGACCGACGUGAAUGGAAAUGAUAAGUAAAGUGAAAAUCCAGUAAAAAGAGAUUAGACGAGAGAGAGAGUAAGCUGUCAAAUGCGUCCGGAGUCCAGCUCAUCAGGCGGAGGUGGAGGAAAAGGAGGAGGUGGUGGCGGCCCAGAGAUAGAAUCUUCAUCAUCUGCAAAUGCAUCCGCUGCAUCAACUUCAUCGUCUUCUUCACCAUCUCCAUCUGGGAAGCGGAGCAGAGAUCCUGAAGAUGAGGUUUACCUCGACAAUUUCCACUCUCACAAGCGUUAUCUCAGCGAGAUUAUGGCAUCUAGUUUGAAUGGACUCACAGUUGGAGAUCCACUCCCUCUCCCUGACAAUCUCAUGGAAUCUCCAGCAAGGUCUGAUACCUUGUUUUAUCCAAGGGAUGAGAUGUGUUUACAAUAUUCACCAAUGUCAGAGGACUCAGAUGACUCUCGAUUUUGCGAGAACCCCAUAAAUACUUGCUCCUCCCAACCUGAUAGCGUUCCCUCGAGUCCUGUCUCUCCUUAUAGGUACCAAAGAUUUCCUUCCACUUGUCCGAGUAGUUCACAUGGCUGCACUGUCACUAAUUUCAACUGCUCCCAGCCUCGUCAACGAGGCUCUGAUUCAGAGGGGCGAUUCCCAUCAUCACCUAGUGAUAUUUGUCACUCAGCUGACUUGAGGAGGGCUGCACUCUUGCGGUCUGUGCAAAUGAGAACACAGCCUGCUGGCCCACCGUCUUAUGAGUUGGAGUUUGGUUCCGGGCAAGAGCCUGUAUCCGAUAUUGAAGCUGAAGAGCAGCCAUGCUCCUACAUGAAGUCUUUAGUUGAUGAGAGGGACUAUCCAAUUGCGGGGUGUUCUUCUAUGGGUAUCACGGAGCCUGAUUUUAAACAAGAGAAAUCGUGUGGGAUGUUGGAUAUGGAUGUGAAAGGGAUUGAUUCUGCAGAUUAAGUAAGUGCAUGCUUCAGUGAUGUUCAGAUAGAUACUUGCUUCAUUUGCAGAAUCUGGAGUGCAAGAUGAGCAUUUAGGCUAUCGCUUUGUUGCAUAUGAAGUGAAGGGCGUCAUGAGUCGCAUGUUCAUUUUUGGGAAAUUGGCCAUUGUUGAACUAUUUUAAACAGGCGGAGAAUCGUUUACCCUGCUGUUAUGUGGAAGAAGGUGAAUCGUUUAUUCCUUUCCUUUGUUUCCUUUGUGCUAGGGACAGCUUAUCAAACGGUCGUGAGAUUAUUGUAAAGUAAAUUAUUCAUUUCCCAUUGUUAAGAGAUGGUCAAUUACGAUUA